AUGAGCCCCGAACCGGUCCCGCCGCCGCCGCCGCCGCCCCAAUGCCCCGGCUGCGACUGCGGGGAGCCUUUCGCCAAGCGCUUGGAGAAGGGCGACGAGGCCUUCCGCGCUGGCGAGUAUGAGAUGGCAGCGGAGCUCUUCCGAUCGAUGCUGGCCGGGCUGGCGCAGCCCGACCGCGGCCUGUGCCUGCGGCUGGGGGACGCGCUGGCCCGCGCGGGCCGGCUCCCCGAGGCCCUGGGCGCGUUCCGCGGCGCCGCGCGGCUCGGAGCGCUGCGGCCGGACGAGCUGGGGGAGCUGGCGGGCAGCCUCGCGUGCGCCCUGGGCCAGCGCGAGUGGCGGCUGCCGGCUGGGAGGCCGGGCCGCGCCCCCGAGGAGCCGCGUGGGGAACAGCCGGCCUCGGCGCCCGUCGCGCCCGGUGACCUGCUGGGCUGUCCGCGCUGCCAGCGCCUGCUCCACAAGCCGGUGACCCUGCCGUGCGGGCUGACGGUGUGCAAGCGCUGCGUGGAGUCGGGGCCGGCCCGGCUGCAGGCUCGGCGAGUCAACGUGGUGCUGAGCGGCCUGCUGGAGAAGUGCUUCCCGGCCGAGUGCCGCGUGCGCAGGCUGGCUGGCCAGGCGCGGGGUCUGCAGCGCCAGCAGCAGCCCGAGGCCGCGCUGCUCAGGUGCGACCAGGCUCUGGAUCUGGCUCCUAGAGAUAAUUCAUUAUUGCUGCUGCGAGCAGAGUUAUAUUUAACCAUGAAGAACUACGAGCAGGCUCUACAGGAUGCCAAUGCCGUUUGUCAGAAUGAACCUUUCUUGACUAAGGGGCAUCAUAUGAAGGCUCAGGCUCUUUCUGGAUUGGGAAGAAGUAAGGAAGUGUUAAAGGAGUUUCUCUACUGCCUUGCUUUAAAUCCUGAAUGUAACUUGGUGAAGAAAGAAGCACAGAAGGUAAUAUGCGAGGUGUUUUUUCCAGCUUCAGAAAAUGUGCCUCAGAAUUUGACAUCUUCCAUCCAAAGCAGAAUAUUGAACAGCAGGCUAAAGGCUCAGUGUGCCAGCCAUGUAAACACCCAGCCUCUGGAAGAAGGUGGUGGUGCAGGGAGUUCUAAGAAUCCAUCUGAGAAAUCUGAUGUGUUUAGAAAUACCAAUUCUUCAGUUUUGUAUUUUAUACUGGGUCUGCACUUUGAAGAGGAUAAAGAAGUGUUAGAGAGUAUCCUUCCAGUAGCACCCAGCACCGGUUUAAAGAGACAAUUUCCAAAUGAUUUGGAGGAUGUGCAUGACCUGAAUGGCCCUGGGAAAAUUCCCAAGAAAGAUUCCUCACCUCAAAGGAACAUGACCUCUAACAUAGGAGAAAGUCCAGAGCUCUCCAUAGAUGUAACUGACUUUGAGUGUGCCCUUUGCAUGAGGUUGCUCUUUGAGCCUGUUACUACACCAUGUGGACAUACGUUUUGCCUGAAAUGCCUUGAACGCUGCCUCGACCAUGCCCCACAUUGUCCACUGUGUAAAGAAAAACUCUCAGAAUUGUUGGCAAGCAGAAAUUUUAAUAUAACUAUUUUGGCCGAAGAAUUAAUAUUUCGAUAUUUAUCUGAUGAACUCUCUGAUAGGAAGAGAAUUUAUGAUGAAGAAAUGACAGAGCUGUCAAAUCUGACCAGAGAUGUCCCCAUCUUUGUGUGUGCCAUGGCCUUCCCCACGGUGCCGUGUCCACUUCAUGUCUUUGAGCCCCGCUAUCGGCUUAUGAUAAGAAGAUGCAUGGAAACUGGCACCAAACGGUUUGGCAUGUGUCUAUCUGCUGAACACGCAGGAAUUUCAGAGUACGGCUGCAUGCUGGAGAUUAAGGACGUCAGAACGUUUCCUGAUGGGAGUUCGGUUGUGGAUGCCAUUGGGAUUAGUCGGUUCCGAGUUCUGAGUCACCGUCACAGAGAUGGCUAUAACACAGCUGACAUUGAAUAUCUCGAAGAUGAAAAGGUGGAAGGUCCAGCAUAUGAAGAACUUACCAGUCUUCAUGAUUCAGUUUAUCAACAGUCGGUUUCCUGGUUUACUUCACUUCAGGAUCACAUGAAGGAACAAAUUUUAAGCCAUUUUGGGUUAAUGCCAGACAGGGAAUCUGAGCCUCAGAGUAACCCUAGUGGCCCCGCAUGGUCCUGGUGGAUCCUGGCGGUGUUGCCAUUGGAACGCAAGGCUCAGCUGGCUAUUCUUGGCAUGAUCUCCCUUAAAGAGCGUCUGCUUGCCAUUCGGCGAAUAUUAGUCAUCAUCACGCGUAAGAUGAAUAGUCGGCAGGAGCUGGUUAAUAGCAGGGAGAGAAAUAAUUAA